UUGGAUUUUAGACGAAAAAGCAACAAUAGUCCGUUGGACCGUGAUAAUUCAUCAAAUUUCUCGUUCAGCAAAAACUUAUUUCUUCCCUCCCUUUCCCCACCCCCUCCUCCAACUUUUCUUGUUGGCGCAUCAAUAUUCGUCUCAACAUUCUCCCUAUCGGCAAUAGCGAUUGACAGAUACAACCUCGUCGUUCGACCGCAUAAACAUCCUCUAAACUCUCGCGGUGCUUCUGUUGUCGCUUUGUUACUUUGGAUCAUAUCAGCCCUGGUUUGUAUGCCUUAUGGUUGGUAUAUGGACGUAGUGCAAAUAAACGGACUCUGUGGCGAGUUCUGCACGGAACGUUGGCCACUGCCAGAAGUUCGCAAGGGCUAUGGUUUAAUGGUUUUGGUGAUGCAGUUUAUACUUCCGUUCGCAACUAUGGCCGUGUGCUAUUAUACCAUAUUCGCACGGUUGAGAGAAAGCUAUGAGGAGAAGCAGCGUCUGAACGUCCUAGCUUCACAACGUAGGACAACAACUAUUUUGGCGUCCAUGGUAUGUUUGGUAGAUUUUGAAUCUUGGGUUUGGGGCAAGAAAAACCGAAUGCAAAAAUCAUUAACUAAACAAAAUCAGCUCUUCUUUUUCUUAUUUUGCGAAAUAACAGGACAGAUUAAUAACGUCCUUCUAUUUGGCUUCACAUGGCUUCCACAUAAUGUUUACACUCUAAUCAUCGAGUACGAUGAAGCAAUCUUUCACGAUGGCGAAAGCGAUAACACCUACAUCGUUUCAAUGAUAGCCCAUCUGUAAGU